ACACGCGUGGUGUAUAAUGCCGAGUCGAGUUCGUCCAUGUUGAAUAAAGCAAAGAAAGCCAGCGAUAUUGUCACCGUAUUCGGAAUAUCAUUUUGGUACUGGUGAAGCAGAAUUUCAGAGAACGUUUUCUCCUUUUCUAAGGAAAGUUGGCAAGUUUACAGUGACAAAUCAUGGAUUUCAUUCGUGUAGCCACAACGGAAAAUGAGACCGAUCCGGACGCGAUUAUCGAACUACCUAUUGAGCCAGAUGGGACCAUCAUGUUAUCAACAAUCAUCGCCCAGUUCCCCGGCGCGACCGGACUGAAGUACCGUAACCCGCAGAGUCAGGGCAUCCGUGGAUUGCGUGUGAUAGACGAACGUGUGUAUGCACCGCGAUCAGAUGGCGUUUGGGAAGAUCUCAUUUAUGUAACAACUUUCCCCAAGGGAGUAGAGCAAUCCUCAGAGAACAAAAGGAAAGGUGAAGACAAUCGGGAGAACCCGGCUGGUAAGACGAGAAAGAUAGAGGCGAAGACAGUGGACCUGAUUGUCUUGGGCUUAGAUUACAACACAACUGAUGAGGAGAUGAAGGAGUAUUUUGGAAAAUAUGGUGAACUUCUGAUGGCACAGGUGAAGAGAGAUCCAGUCACUCAGAAAUCCAAGGGCUUUGGGUUCAUCCGUUACAGGGACGUUGAUUCCCAAGAAGGCGUGGUAGAGAAGAGGCAUAAGAUUGAUCAUGCCAGCCGAUGGUGUGAGGUCAAAUACCCAAGCACAGGUGGAGUUGUGCAGGCAAGUCGGAAAAAGCUGUUUAUUGGAAGACUGACAUCGGACACAACGAAGGAUGAUCUAUAUGACAUCUUCGGCAAGUAUGGUGAGGUGGACGAUGUAUUCAUCCCAAAGCCAUUCAGAGGGUUUGCCUUUGUGACGAUGCACAACUCAAAAGAUGCUGAUGAGAUCGUCCAAGAAGAUCUGAUCAUCAAGGGAAACAGUGUGUACAUAAAUCGAGCAGAGCCCAAAUCACGCUUGAUGGCAAUGGGUAAAGAAGGAGACCGUUUCUAUGGUGAUGGAGGCGGCUAUGGAGGCGAUCGAGGAGGAGGAGGAGGAGGAUAUGGCAACAUGGAUUCGUACCAUCGAGGAGGAGGUGGCGGUGGCGGCGGUGGCUACAAUCGCGAUGGUGGCCGCUUCAGGCAAGGAGGCGGCGGUGGCUACGGAGGUGGUGGUGGUUAUGGGGGCGGAGGAUAUGGAGGUGGGCGGGACGGGCCCCGGGAUGGCCCAAGGGAUGGCCCUGUGGGUGGACACCCUCCCAUGGACAGGGGCUCCGGUGGGGGUGGAUCUGGGGGAGGAGGUGGGAGUGGCGGGGGUGGACAAGGAAACCUGAGCCAGAUGCAACUCAACCAGGCUGUCUUAGCGGCUGCUCUUAGCCAGGCAGGGCUUGGUAUGAUGGGUAAUAUGCUAGGUGGGAUUGGGUCCGGUGGAAGUAGUGGUGGGUCGGGCGGUGGAUCAGGUAACAGCGGUGGUGGAGGCAGUGGAGGAGGCAGCAGUGGUGGCAGCGGUAGCUCGGGUAGCCAAGGACUCUCGGGGGGUGACGUCGGUUACUCAAAUCAAUCAUGGAGUGGCCAAUCGCCUCAAAGCGGGGAAGCGGGAGGACAGUAUUUUGCCAAAUCGUCGGGUUGGUAGGUAUUUAAUCUGCAGAUGUGAAUGGACGAUAUUACAAAGUGAGCUUUCUCAGCAGAUAUGUUUAUUCUGAGAAUUUAUGAUGUAAAUAUUUAAAUAUGUACAUGUGUUCACUUCCUUCUCACAUGUAUCUGUCAUUAAGUCCAGUAAUUUCAAACUUCUCCAAUUAUUUGUCUUGCCUCUCCAUUUUUUCCCCCAUUUUGGUCAGAUACAUGUAGGAUUGAUUUCCAGAUGAACUCUAGUCACUGAACUCUAAUAAUUGCAUUACCGGGUAUCUUUUAAAAGCCUCCUUUAUUAUCUUUCUAGUUUAACCCCAAAUUUUCCUCAGUGAAUGAAAUACCAAUAAUAACAAGUCAACAUAUUGCAUACUCAAAUUCCAGUAUUAAAAGGUUUUUCCCAGCUAAAUGUAUUACUCCAAUAAUAUAAAUAAAUUUAUGUAAGAAGUAAGUAUUAGAUGAUUUAACCCUAAACAGGCCGGGGGGGUUGAAUCAACCCCCUCAACAUUUUCUGCGAUCAUUCCGCCGUGCGAAUUUUUUUGACCGCGCCACUCGCAGAGUUUAUACUUUUAAGUCUCGCGCAUCUUUUGAGACAAAAUUUACGACGCCCGGGUACGCGGUUCCGAAAUUACGCAACAUUUUGUAAGUGCAUGUCAGACCAAAAAUUGUUCCAAAACGUGAUUUUGUGUACAAAAUCAAUGCAAAUUGAGUUUUCUCAUCUUAUUCAUAAAGAUAUGAUUAUUUUUACUUUAAACUGCUGAAAUCAAUUGAUGUUAGCAUAAUUAUGCUUCAAAAAGGUUGUGCAAUAAAUCUGGUGAAAAAAAUAAAGAAAAACAAAAGGUUGAAAAACAAGAAAUACAUAAGAAAUUCAUAAAACAAUAAAAUACAUAAGAAAUUGAUUUCCAAACCGAAGUUUUUUUCAAUUGCGAUUGUUAAGAAUGCUACAAAGAAUAUUUUUUACAAAAAAUUAGCAUUCUAGGAGCUUUAUUUAGUGAAUUAGGGCAAAAAGUAUGAUUUAUGCAUAAAUUAGCAUAAUUAAUUCAUAUAAAAUAAAAUCUCAUUAUUUUGGAAAAUUUCACCAUACAGCCUUGUAGAUUACAUCGCACACUACCAGUUUGCAAUUUUUUGCGGCGCUCGCGCGAUUGGCGGCCGAGAUCUCAGGGGGGUUGUAUCAACCCCCCCCCCACAGAAAAGCCAAAAAAGCCCGGCCUAGUCAGGGUUAAUCUUUUUCAUUUUUUCUUUCUGUUGAUAUCAUUAACACAGCAGACCGGGGGUAUUUUUGUUUUUGUAAAUCUGUAUAAUUCAUACUUACGUAUUUAGUACUUCUUUUUGUGCUUAUUAUCUUAAAUUUAAGCAUACUUUAAUGGAUUGUCUCACACUACAAAAGCGUCUGAAGCUGCGAUCAAAUCAAACCCUCUUCCAAAGUUGGAACGACAUCGUCACUCAAGGUAAGUCUUUGAGAGCUCAGGAGAAAUGUGCGAGCUUUUAUAAGAAAAAGUGACUUUGAGUGACGUAUCCUGAGAGAUAAAAAGAGCACAAUAUGAAAGUCAGCAAAGUGGGCGCAAAUUGAAUGAGCAAAGACAGGGUAAAAAAGUUAAAUGCAGUAUUUGAAAGUUACGAACUUUCAAUAAAAAAAUGGCUUGGGUGAUGUUUCCUGAAAGGUGAAUGUCGGCAAGCUUGUUUAAAGUGGAUGCAAAAGGGGUCAAACCAAAACGAGUACUUGCGAGUUACGAAGAUCAAGUGCAGUACUAGUAUUUAAAAGUGGCGAACUGAUAUUGCCAGGAGAAGCGAAGGUCCUUUGUGCAAGAUAAAUCAUAAAAGAAGUGGAUGUUUGACAAAUAGCAAAGAUCUGAGCAAUUCUUGUGCGGUAUUUGAAAGUUGCAAGCUGACAUUUCUAAGAGAAGUGAACAUGAUCUGUGCAAGAUAGAUUUACCAAGAAGUUGACAUUCAGUGAAUAGGAAAACUGUGAGCAAUUUAAGUGCAUCAAAAACAUUCAAAGACGAGUAGAGUUUGUACAGCAUAAAGUUAGAGAUGUACCUUGCGAAGAGGGUUUGACGAAAGAGUAUCCAUUUAAUGCAUUAGAGUGAGAUAUUCUUGUCCGCAUAAAGUGAAAGUUAUAGAGAACAUAUAACAUGUAAGUGUUUAGAGUAAUACAAUUAGAAGUUUUGAGAACUGUGAUUAGUUGCAGGGAAAUAUCAGAGUUUUAAUGAGUGCUAAUUGUGCAAACGAGUUGGUUGUGAAUUGUUAACAAGUAUUAAUUUAUACAAAUGUUCACUUUGUAAGUUAAUUCUCUGCCAAAAUUGUGAGAGCUCAGCUUUAAAGUUGGAUUUCAGCACUCUUGUGAUAUUUUCCUCUGUACAAAAGUAUAGGAGCUUUUUUAAUGUAAAGCCUUGUCAGUACGAGAAGUACAGUCCUACUUUGUUUGUGUGGCCUCCAGGACAACUGUAGUAGCUGGCCGUAUCCCCCAACUCUAAUCCUCUGCUUUAUUUCAUUUACUUCCAUCUCAUUUACCAAAAAUGACAUAAUCACCUGGAGUCGUCAACCAUAAAGAAAUAAAUAUUCUACAAGAGAAGACUCCUCUACUACCCACUGGUUAACUACAUUGCAUUCAUAGCUAGCUAGCCAUUUCAUUUGUAUAGUUUAGCGCGGUUCCUGAUUCAGUCAGAUAAAUGAUGUGGGACUGUACUUUGGUAGAGGAAAUUUGAGCAGGACAUUGAUUUGCGGAUGUAUGCUUUUAGCGUAUCGUUUCCAUAUUACAAGUGUUAAGUGCAGUGUAGCAAGAAUUGAAAAUGCCUGAGAAAUGGGAGAAGAUGAUGGAAACAUUCCAAAGUGUAUUAUGAGAUGCUGUAGAAGAAGAUGUAUUCAUUGUAUAAGUGAUAACCAAAUGAGAAAGAAACCACGGCCUAUUUCUUGAAAGUGUAAUUUGACAAGACUUGGAGCACCACCCAUAAAAAACUUGUAUUGUGGAAUGAGCACUUGCUUCUAUUUGAUGCUUGAAGAUUUAACCUUUUGUUUAGAAUCUUUUCAUUGAAUAGGCUUGUCAUAUUUUCAAGAUUUAUUAGUUAAAUUUAUUUGAGUCUAUGUGAAUGAAUUAUUCUCCAAAUUUCAAACUACUUUUUCCUUCCUCUUGACUAGUGUAUUAACUUCUUUUUAUAACACCAAUCAUACUAAUGUUCUGAUAUAGGGUGUAGGUUAGGCACCCAAGUUUCUUUAAUUUUACAUCUUUCAUAAAUUCAUCAUUUGUAUUGUAUGAUGAUAUGAGAUUGAGAUGAAAGAGUGGUGCAAACUUUUACCAUGGGCCUCGAAAGUUUGUGAGGACAUUUGUGUGAGUACGCUCCAAUACCCUUUCUCCUCUCUCUCUUGAUCAAUUUUAUCUGUGGACACUUCCUAGCAGGGGAUUCUUAUGUAGAGUAUGGUUAGUGUGGUGUUGGUCGUGAUGGGAAAAGAGUUUGUUCAUGUUGUAGAUUAAUUUUUCCUUCACUUUUAAAUGUAUACUGACUUUGAGAUUUGAGGAAGAUGUAUGUGUGUUUAUGUCACAAAAAGAGCCAACUUGUCAUAAAAGGAAAAUAAGGUUUCUGUGAAUGGUGCCAAUACACAACAGAAUCAUACAUGUAUAUAUGAAAAUGAUAUCUUUGUGAAAUUUCCAAUUUACAGAGAAAUGUGUGCGAGCAAGGAGAUUUUCAAUUGUAUUUUAUUGUACAGACUGUUGUCAAAAGCUCGGAUUUUGGGGUUGAUUUUAUGUUUAUUCUUUUACUCCUUUUGUGAAGUUCACAUAAUUUUUUUUUGUGUGCAGUACAGAUCUCAAAUUCAAUACAGGUAAUUACACCUUUGGUUUCCAAACUGAAUGUAAGAAAGGUAAAGAGAAAGAACUCUAAGCGUAAGAGGUGUCUGUAAGUUAAUAUUGUGAGAAGUCAAUAAAUGUGAGAUUCAUUUUUCAAGUA